AUGGAUGAAGAUAACUCCUUCCGGAUAGACUCUGAAUUCAGAUACACUCUCUUCCCUAUUGUUUAUAGUAUCAUCUUUGUGCUGGGCAUCGUCUCCAAUGCUUACGUGCUCUGGGUGUUUAUCAGCCUUGACCCUUCCAAGAAACUCAAUGAGAUCAAAAUCUUCAUGGUCAACCUGACAGUGGCUGACCUGCUCUUCUUGGUUGCUUUGCCCUUGUGGAUUAUCUAUUAUUUUAACCAAGGCAACUGGUUCCUCCCCAAAUUCCUCUGCAACGUGGCAGGCUGUCUCUUCUUCAUCAACACUUACUGUUCUGUGUGCUUCCUCGGGGUCAUCACUUAUAACCGUUUCCAGGCUGUGACAGACCCCAUCAAAGCAGCCCAAUCUACCACACGUCGUCGGGGCAUCCUCCUGUCCACCAUCAUCUGGGUGGUGAUUGUGGGAUGUGCUUCCUAUUUUCUUGUCUCUGAUGCAACCAACUCUGUUCCCUCAAAGACCACUGGAGAAAAUGUAACUCGCUGCUUUGAACAUUACGAAAAAGGAAGUAUCCCUGUCCUCCUAAUACAUGUCUUCAUUGUUCUUUGCUUUUUCGUUGUUUUCCUUGUGAUCCUGAUCUGCAAUGUGAUUAUCAUCCGGACCUUGUUGGCUCAGCCCCUCCAGCCCCAGAGCAAUGCUGAUGUCAAACACAAAGCCCUCUGGAUGGUUUGCACAGUGAUGGCUGUCUUCUUCAUCUGCUUUGUGCCCCAUCACAUCGUCCAGUUGCCCUGGACUCUGGCAGAGCUGCAAAUAGGUUUUCAGGACAAUGUCCAGGUCCAUCAGCUCAUCAAUGAUGCCCAUCAGGUGACCCUCUGCCUCAUGAGCAUCAACUGUGUCCUGGACCCCAUCAUCUAUUGCUUCCUCACCAAGAAGUUCCGAAAACAUCUGAAAGAGAGGUUACAAAGCAUGAAAGGGAGCCGCAAAUGUUCCCGGGUCACUACGGACACAGGUGUAGAAGUGGUCGUUCCCCUCAACAACUUCCCUGUCAACUCUAAAAACAUUUAG